AUGCCCAUGCUUAAAGAUCCGUCAAAGAAGUACAAAGCCUUCAAGCCACUCGAUUUACCAGAUAGGCAAUGGCCAUCCAAGACCAUUGACAAGCCUCCACGAUGGCUCUCGACCGAUUUGCGCGAUGGGAACCAGAGCUUGGUAGAUCCCAUGGAUGGCGAGCAGAAAUGGCUUUACUUCAAGAUGCUAGUCGAGCUGGGUUACAAAGAAAUUGAAGUAUCGUUUCCCUCAGCGUCCCAGACCGAUUUCGACUUUACGAGACGUCUCGUAGAAACACCGGGCGCGGUCCCCGACGAUGUUUGGCUCCAAGUCCUCUCACCUUGUCGCGAGGAGUUGAUCAAGCGGAGCGUUGAUUCCCUCAAAGGCGCGAAAAAGGCUCUGCUACACAUUUACGUUGCGACCAGCGAUUGCUUUCGGCGGAUAGUGUUUGGCAUGACGGAGGAGCAAAACCUGGAGUUAGCAGUCAAAUGCACGAAAUAUGCUAGGUCGAUUACGAAAGAUGACCCCACACAGGCCGGGACAGAAUGGGCCUUUGAAUUCAGUCCAGAAACAUUUUCCGACACUAGCCCUGAGUUUGCAGUUCGAAUAUGCGAGGCUGUUAAGGAGGCUUGGGAACCAACGAGUGAGAACCCAAUCAUCUUCAACCUUCCUGCGACAGUUGAAAUGUCAACCCCGAAUGUAUACGCAGACCAAAUCGAGUAUUUUUGCAGGAACGUAACCGAGAGAGAAAAGAUAUGCGUGUCUCUACACCCGCACAACGACAGGGGAUGCGCUGUUGCGGCCGCAGAACUAGCACAAAUGGCCGGAGCGGAUCGAGUCGAGGGUUGUCUGUUCGGAAACGGGGAGAGGACUGGAAAUGUGGAUCUUGUCACGUUGGCCUUGAACCUCUAUACUCAAGGGAUACAUCCAAACAUUGAUUUCUCGGACUUGAAUCGCGUGAUUGACGUCGUGGAAGUCAGCAACAAAAUCCCAGUCCAUCCUCGAGCGCCAUAUGGCGGCUCGCUUGUGGUGUGCGCUUUCAGUGGCUCUCACCAAGAUGCUAUCAAAAAGGGCUUUCAGGCUAGGAAACAGGCUGGCGCUACGGACGAUGACAGAUGGCAACUUCCAUAUCUUCCUCUUGAUCCACAAGAUAUCGGCCGAACAUAUGAAGCCAUUAUUCGUGUCAAUUCCCAGAGUGGAAAGGGUGGAGCCGCGUGGAUCAUUCUUCGAAACCUUGAGCUCGACCUUCCCCGUGGCUUGCAGGUAGCAUUCAGCAAAAUCGUACAGAAGCAUGCCGAUAAGGUUGGUCGAGAGCUUUUAUCCCACGAGAUUCAAGAUCUUUUUGAAAAGACAUACUUCAUCAAAGACAACCCAAGAUUUACCCUGCUGGAUUACAGCAUCAGAACAGAUCGAUCGAUGUCUCCCGCGCCGCCUGCGCCAGGUAAAACACAAGAUACGAAGAACCUCAAGCGAAUAUUCGAGGGUGUCAUUUCCAUUGAUGGCGAAGAGAGACCACUUAAGGGAAUUGGAAAUGGCCCUAUUUCAAGCUUGGCUAACGCAUUAUCGUCAGUGGGCAUUGAGUUAGAUGUCGCCGAUUAUAAAGAGCAUGCUAUAGGCUCUAGUCGAGAUUCCAAGGCUGCUUCGUAUGUAGAGUGUACAGCUGCAGGAUCAACACAAAAGGUCUGGGGUGUCGGCAUCCAUGAAGACGUGGUACAGAGCUCUUUAAUCGCCUUGUUGAGCGCUGCUAGCAAUGUAAGCCCUUUCCUCCCUGCUACACCAAAAAAUCCUGACCAAGAGCAGUUCAUGACUACUCGGCCCAAUACUCCUCUCCUAUUCCGAGGCAAACAUGGUCCGUCAAUCAGCCAAGAUAUAGAUCUCAACCGGAGCGCAAGAAAUCCGAAAGGCGACACAAACCUGUCUAUUCCCAAGCCCAAUGGCGCCCCAGCGAGUGGUCCAGACGCCUCGAAUAUCAUCAGCAUAUUAGAGGAGAAGGCGAACGGGAUGUAA